AUGAACAUGUCAGCGAUUGUUGAUGUGCAUCAACCAAUGGGGAGUAUGAGUUUGAGCCCAUCGCACCAGGAAGUCGUGUUGGGCUCAAACAUGGGUCUUUUUGUGCUGCAACUAGAACACUUGUACACGCCACCUCGUUUUUUUGCGCACAGCACGCCGUGGGAGAUGGCCGACAUCCAGUGGAAUCCACAUAUGGCUCGUUCAGCAUGGGUCGCAAGCACUUCAAAUCAAAAGCUCGUGAUAUGGAACCUAGACCGGCCAUCAGGGCGCUUUGGGUGCGUUCAAGCUGUGCCAACGCUUCCGCCAUCGAUCCGCUCCAAGAUGCAGAUGGAUGUUGCUCGCUCGUGCAAGACACAUUCAUCUCCUAGUUCGGCGGGCCGUGGGUCAUUCAUGUAUGGCUCACAUAAAUUACCUGUGGACAGCGCAUCACGAAUUUUACCACAUGCAUCUGACGGGCGCAAUCAGAAUGGCAUACCCAGCUCGAUCGAGCACCUACUCAAUGCACAUACGCGCGCCAUCACCGACAUUAAUUGGUCUCCAUUCCAUCCUGAGGUACUCGCAAGUUGCAGUGUCGAUACAUGGACAUGGAUAUGGGACCUGCGAAUGGCUAACAGCGGUUCUGGGCGUCCUGCACAGGGCUACAGCUCAUGGAAUGCGAGUAUGACGCAAGUCAAGUGGAAUCGUGGCAUAGAACAUCGCAUCGCAGCAUCGUGUGAUGACAAGGUGCUUAUCUGGGAUGACAGAUUCGGCGCAUUGCCUCUUGUCACGCUGGAGACGCGGCAGAGUAAAAUAUAUGGACUGGACUGGAGUCUUCCUGGCAACGAACGCAAUAACCGGCUUAUGACCUGUUCAUUGGAUGGCACUAUCAAAUUUUGGGACUUGGACUCGCCGAGCUCGCGACGUGUAGCUGCUCACUACGCGCGUAUUGAUCAGCCAGAAAGCACGAUCGAGACGCUUCAACCUGUCUGGCGCGCAAGACACUUGCCGUUUGGACAUGGCGCUAUUUCUGUUGCACAGCGUGGCGAUACGGCCGCGACACUUUGGGCAUAUGGUUCACAGGAACCUGUGUGUCGGUUUGAAGGCCAUAUGGAUCUGGUGAAAGAGUUUGUAAUUCGAUCACGCAGCGGGUCAAAUGCCAAUUUGGAUGACCGCACAUUCCAGCUCGUAACUGGAGUAAGGACCAAACACUCCGUCUUUGGCCUAUCAGUGCUGAUGUUAUGCGAGCAUUGGGGCACAUCCAAGGUGCGCCGAUGCAUCACAUACUCACAGAGUCUGCAGUUGCUCCUGAUUCGACUCGACCGUCGACGUCGGCGAGAUCGACGGCAUCAACAGCAUUCGCAGGAGCUGUACCAGUGUCGACAGCAAGAUCCUUGCCGACGGCUGCAUGCACCACGGCAUCGAGGGCACCGACUCACGGGAGGACAAGUUCGUGCAGUCGUCGACACUCAAACUUGGGUUCGUGGUCGCCUACAUUAA